GAUCUGUGUAUUGGUAUUUCGUAUUGCUGAAUUAUGUAAAGGAUGAAGAUUUGGCAGGAUGUAGUACGACUUGUGCGUCAUUGCUGACUGCUGUAUCCCGACAGCUGCAGGAUCGCCUCACGCCUAUGGAAGCAUUACUUCAAACAAGAUAUGGAUUAUAUAGUUCGCCUUUUGAUCCAGUUCUGUUUGAUUUGGAAAUAAGUGGCUCUUCUUGUAAAAAUGUGUACAACAGCAGCAUUGGAGUACAGUCAGAUGAAAUAGAUUUGUCUGACGUUCUAUCAGGAAAUGGGAAAAUAAGUAGCUGUGCAGCUGCUGAAGGUAGUUUUACUUCACUUACUGGACUUCUGGAAGUUGAGCCUCUGCACUUUACCUGUGUUUCAACAAGUGAUGGAACUAGAAUAGAAAGGGACGAUGCAAUGAGUACCUUUGGGGUUACCCCAGCAGUUGGUGGCCUCUCUUCGGGAACGGUUGGGGAAGCCUCGACAGCACUGAGUUCAGCAGCCCAGGUAGCUUUGCAGUCUCUCUCUCAUGCAAUGGCCUCAGCCGAGCAACAGCUCCAGGUGCUGCAAGAGAAACAGCAGCAGCUUUUGAAGCUUCAGCAACAGAAAGCUAAGCUGGAAGCAAAACUGCAUCAGACAACAGCAGCGGCGGCAGCUGCAGCAUCAGCAGUUGGUCCUGUUCACAACUCUGUGCCUUCUAAUCCAGUAGCAGCCCCAGGGUUCUUCAUCCAUCCUUCAGAUGUCAUUCCACCCACACCAAAAACAACUCCUCUCUUCAUGACUCCACCUUUGACUCCACCUAAUGAGGCAGUUUCUGCUGUCAUUAAUGCAGAGCUUGCUCAGCUUUUCCCUGGCUCAGUCAUUGAUCCCCCAACAGUUAACCUUGCAGCGCAUAACAAAAACACAAGCAAGUCUAGAACGAAUCCACUUGGAUCUGGUCUUGCUCUUGCAAUAUCUCACGCCUCACAUUUUCUUCAGCCUCCGCCUCAUCAGUCAAUUAUUAUAGAGCGAAUGCACUCAGGAGCAAGAAGAUUUGUGACCUUAGAUUUUGGAAGACCUAUAUUGCUAACAGACGUCUUGAUUCCCACUUGUGGAGAUUUGGCUUCUUUGUCAAUUGACAUCUGGACUUUAGGAGAAGAAGUGGAUGGAAGGCGGCUGGUAGUGGCUACUGACAUUAGCACACAUUCACUUAUUUUACAUGACUUGUUGCCACCCCCAGUUUGCAGGUUUAUGAAGAUCACUGUUAUCGGUCGGUAUGGUAGCACAAAUGCCAGAGCAAAAAUCCCAUUAGGAUUUUAUUAUGGCCAUACCUAUAUCUUACCCUUUGAAAAUGAGCUGAAACUGAUGCACGAUCCCCUCAGAGGAGAAGGUGAAGCUGCAAAUCAGCCAGAAGUUGACCAACAUUUGGCAAUGAUGGUUGCGUUGCAAGAAGACAUACAGUGCAGGUACAACUUGGCCUGUCAUCGGUUAGAAAUCCUUCUGCAGAGUAUUGACCUGCCACCACUCAAUAGUGCUAACAAUGCCCAGUACUUUUUACGGAAGCCAGACAAGGCAGUAGAGGAAGAUAGCAGAGUAUUUUCUGCUUACCAGGACUGCAUUCAGCUACAGCUUCAACUCAACUUGGCUCACCAUGCUGUUCAGAGGCUCAAAGUAGCUUUAGGUGCAAGCAGGAAAACACUGAAGGAGCAGUCUGAUCCCAAAGAGUUGAUUCAGAUGUCAUCCACAGAACAGUUACGCACCAUCAUUAGAUACUUACUGGAUACUUUGCUUAGUUUGCUUCAUUCUUCCAAUGGACACUCUGUUCCUGUGGUUCUGCAAAGUACUUUUCAUGCUCAGGCUUGUGAAGAAUUAUUUAAACACCUGUGUAUCAGUGGAACCCCAAAGAUCCGAUUGCACACUGGCCUUCUGCUUGUUCAGCUCUGUGGCGGAGAAAGGUGGUGGGGUCAGUUUCUGUCAAAUGUACUGCAGGAAUUGUACAAUUCAGAGCAACUUCUCAUAUUUCCACAAGACAGGGUCUUCAUGUUGCUUUCUUGCAUUGGCCAAAGAUCGCUUAGCAACAGUGGUGUUUUAGAAAGUUUACUUAAUCUCCUGGAUAACCUGCUGUCACCACUGCAACCUCAUUUGCCUGUGCACAGAAGAACUGAAGGAGUUUUAGACAUUCCCAUGAUCAGCUGGGUUGUAAUGCUGGUGUCCAGACUACUGGAUUACGUAGCUACUGUCGAAGACGAAGCAGCCACAGCCAAGAAACCUCUGAAUGGAAAAGAGAGGGAACGAUUUUUGACAGGUAUGUAA